AUGAAUGCGGUCAGCUGCUUAUUGCAAUACGUGAUCGUCCUUCUCAUAUUGCAUUCUACUGAAGUGUAUGGGUCUGGACAGAAUCGAUCUAGUGAAAAAACUAACCCUUCGACGAGUUCCACCGACGUUGCAACCGGAAAAACCAGUCCCGAGGAUGGAUACAUCCAGUCCAGCUCCAGAGUCAACAACGAAAUCUUCCGCAUUAACUACUAUGACAGCUGGUUUUUCGCUUCUGAUUCCAUUUAUGCUAUCAGAAGCUCGAUUUUUGAUUUGAAGAGCACAGUUGCUAAAAAGUAA